AUGUCCGACAGAUACGAGAUCGACCUCAACGUCAAGCCCGGUGACGACCUGCAGGACGAGGAAAUGGCCGAGACUCCACAGGUCGCCAUCAAGAGAAAGGGUCGUGGUUUCCAGAGCGGAGAUCAAAGAGGCGACGGUGUUCACAGCAGCGCUUUCGACAAGCUGAACUCGAGCGACGACAGUGCCAGCGGCAGGGCAUUGAAGUCCAUUGAGGGCUGGAUUGUGUUGAUCACAGGAGUUCACGAAGAGGCCACUGAGGAGGAUAUCCUGGACAAGUUCGGAGAGUAUGGCGAGGUCAAGAAUGUGCACUUGAACUUGGAUCGUCGCACAGGAUACGUCAAGGGGUAUGUGUUGGUCGAGUACGAAAAGUUCUCCGAGGCAGAGGACGCCAUUGCUGCAAUGAACGGAGCCAAGCUGUUGGAUCAAACGUUGACUUGCGACUUUGCCUUUGUCAAGCCAACGAACAACGACGACAGAGGACGCAGGGGAUUGACAUCGCGCAGCAGAGGAGGUCAUGGUGGCCGUCGUUCAGGUACCGAGGCCAGUACCCAUGCACUGGUGGCCCCUUCGAAUGCGGAUCAUGUACCACGAUUUCCCUCCAUCAGUGGAGCUCAAGUCGCGCACAGGGGCAGUCUUGCUCCUGAUCGAGACGAGAACCCGAUUUGGGACGUGUCGGACCUCCUCCGCGGCAUCACUCCCAUAAGCAUGUUGACUGAAUGGUCCGCGGUCUUCCGGACCCCAAUGUUCAUCUCCAAGGCGAUCCUGCACAAGUUUAUUGGCUAUCUGGAGGCGCAGGCCUCGGGGCUGAUCUGGAAACCUCGGUGCUCCGAGACGAUCGCGUGGGAACAGAGCCAGGGCAUCUCUGCCAAGGACAAGACAUCCACGUCACAGGCCCCCGAGGUGACUGGGGUCAAGGAUACGGUUACAUCACGCACGAUGGUUUCUGUCCGUGUGGCGCUUCGCUAG